GGAUGAGCUGUUUACGAAAGAAGAGCGCGCUGCAGAGACGGAGGAGUCUGAAACCUGCUGGUUCCAGCAGGACGGGUUUAGCUGAGCCGUGGUCUCUCAGGUCGUCAUGGCGAUGAGCACGGAGCAGCAGGCUCUGAUUGGCCGGAUGUUUGAGUCGUACGUGACGGAGCAUCACCAUGACGACCUGCUGCAGCUCGCCCUGGAGGACGAGGAGAGAGAGGAGAACUCCCAUCAGCCCCUGGUGGUGAACGCCAUGACGCUGUUUGAGGCCAAUAUGGAGGUGGGAGAUUUCUUCAACGCGUUCCCCGACCUGGUCCUGGAAAUAUUUGAUGAAGUUUUACAGAGAAAAUCUGAGGAGAUUUCUGGAGGAAACAAGAGGAAACGCUGGCUGCACGCCCGGAUCACAGGUCUCCCGGUGUGUCCAGAACUGACCCGUCACACCAUCCCCCGCUCCAGGGACGUGGGACACUUCCUGUCCGUCACCGGGACGGUGAUCCGGACCAGCGUCGCCAAGGUCCUGGAGUCCCAGCGGGACUACCUGUGCUCCAGGUGUGGUCAUGUGAUCCAGCUGGAGGCGGAGUUUGAGCAGUUCUACACCUUCGUGGCUCCGCCCUCCUGCCCCAAUCCUGCAGGAUGUAACUCCGUAAAGUUCUCCUGUCUCUCCGGGGGAUCAGAACCAGCAACCUGCAGAGACCUGCAGGAGAUCAAGAUCCAGGAACAGGUCCAGAGACUGUCUGUGGGCAGCGUUCCUCGGUCCCUGGUGGUGGUUCUGGAGGACGACCUGGUGGACGUCUGCAAGUCUGGUGAUGACGUCACCGUCUACGGCGUGAUGCGUCUGCGCUGGAAGCCGCUGUACGACGGCUCUCGCUGCGACGCGGAGCUGGUGCUAAAGGCUAACAACGUUGAAGUCAAUAACCAGCAAGCUAACGCUGCUCUGAUGAACAAAGACCUGCAGAAGGAGUUCCAGGAGUUCUGGAGGAGCUACGAGCACGACCCGCUGGCCGGCAGGAACCACUUCCUGCUGAGCUUCUGUCCGCAGGUCUAUGGGAUGUACGUGGUGAAGCUAGCGGUUGCUAUGGUGUUAGCCGGAGGAGUCCAGAGGAUCGACUCUUCUGGGACCAAGAUCAGAGGAGAGUGCCACAUGCUGCUGGUCGGGGAUCCUGGAACAGGAAAGUCCCAGUUCCUCAAAUACGCCACCAAGGUGGUGAAUCGCUCGGUGCUGACGGCUGGAGUCGGGUCCACCAGUGCAGGUCUGACGGUGGCGGCGGUCCGGGACGGCGGCGAGUGGCACCUGGAGGCCGGAGCUCUGGUUCUGGCAGACGGAGGUCUUUGCUGCAUCGAUGAGUUCAGCAGCAUCAAAGAGCAGGACCGGAUCAGCAUCCACGAGGCCAUGGAGCAGCAGACGCUCAGCGUGGCCAAGGCCGGGAUGGUGUGUAAGCUCAACACCAGGACCUCCAUCUUGGCGGCCACCAACCCUAAAGGACGGUACGACUCCAACGAGCCUCUGUCGGUCAACGUGGCCCUGGCUAGUCCUCUGCUCAGCCGGUUUGAUCUGGUUCUGGUUCUGAUGGACACCAGGAACCCCGAGUGGGACCGGAUCAUCUCCACCUUCAUCCUGGAGGACCGAGGUCCUCCAGCCGAGUCCUCGUCUUCGUCCCUGUGGUCCUUGGAGAAGAUGAGGUCGUACUUCAGCCUGAUCAAGCAGCUGCAGCCGCAGAUGUCUGACGAUGCUAACGUUAUCCUGACGCGCUACUACCAGCUGCAGCGGCAGAGCGACGCCCGCAACGCAGCUAGAACCACCAUCCGCAUGCUGGAGAGCCUGAGCAGACUGGCCGAAGCUCACGCCAGGAUCAUGCUGAGAACGACCGUCACCAUCGAAGAUGCCGUCGUUUCCAUCUCCGUCAUGGAGAGUUCCAUGCAGGGCGGCGCUCUCCUAGGGAACAUCAACACCCUGCUGACCUCCUUCCCCUCCGACCCGGUCCAGCAGUACCAGAACCAGGUCCAGGUUCUGCUGGAGGGACUGGACCUGCCGGACCUGCUGCAGCAGGAGAUGGACCGACUGGACAGGAUGAAGACCAAGACCUGCAGGAACCUUCAUGCUGGUCCUGGUUCCUCUGGUCCACCAGAACCUGGUCCUGCAGAACCUGGUUCCCCCCCAGAGACCACCAGAGGGACCAGAAUCCUGGACAAGGACCUGGACCGGACCGGUUCUCCAGCAGAAGGAGGUUCCAGCUGGUUCCCCAGAAUCACCUCCACCCCGGACCGGUCCGGAACCUCCUGGAACAGGCUGGUACCGGGUCAGAACAGGCUGGUACCGGGUCAGAACAGGCUGGUACCGGGUCAGAACAGGCCGAUACCGGGUCAGAACCAGGAACCAGACCGGGACCCACCAGGACCAACCAGACCCGGUUCCUCGGUUCCUUCAGGAGAACCAACGUCUUCAGAACCAGAACCUCCGGUUCAUCAGAGAGAGAAGGUUCUGGACGGACCCGGGAACCUGAACCAGAACCUGAGCAGCCGGAUCCGGCAGCUGGUCCGGGUCGGUGGUUCCUCUGGUUCUGCUGGUGAACUGGGCCGGACCGAUGGUUCUGCUGGUCCACAUGGAGAACCGGGUCGGACCGAGACGCCUGAAGAACUGAAGGCCAAGUUCUCCGAGUUCUCCUUCAAACCCAGGAGGACGAUACCUGGAACCGGAACCAGAACCCAGCAGACUGACCCGGGUCCCAGGAAGAGGAAACGUGGCCCACCAGAAGGUUCUGGUCCAGAAGGUUCUGGUCCAGAAGGUUCUGGUCCAGAAGGUCCCAGCAGAACCGACCAGCCCGACCCGGUCGGGGUUGAAGGUUCUGCAGGAAGAACCUCCAAGAAGCGGUUCUGGUCCAGAGAGGACGAGGUAGCAGGUCUGGAACCGGUCCGGACCGGUCCGGGUCUGGGACCGGUCCCCCCUCCGGGUCCAGCAGGAUCCACUUCAGGCCGGAUCAGAACCAGCACGGUGAUGGAGAAACUGUCCCGGUUCUCCUUCAGCUGCAGAACCGAACCAGAACCAGAACCAGGACCGAGGCUUCAGGGCAGCGGGGAGUCCGGGAGGCCCGGCCCAGACGGGCCCACGAAGACCAGGGAACCAGAACCAGAACCACAGACCUCCGUCGUCCCUGACAGAGUUCUGGACCGGCCCGAGUCUGGACUCGGACCUGGAGGAGAACCCGGGACAGAACCAGAGACCCGGUCCAGGUGGAACCGGGCUGAGCUGGACCAGGACCAGGGUCCAGACCCGGGUCCAGAACCGGGUCCUGCCGGUCCUGCCGGGCCUCUGAAGAAGAGGAAAUGUUUCCAGUUUGGCCGUCCGUCGGGCCGGACCGGAUCCCCGGGUCUAUUCGGUUCUGCUGAGUUCUGUAACGAAGUUCUGGACACGGACUGGGACCAGGAGGUCUAGCAGAACCUGGACUGGGACCAGGAGGUCUAGCAGAACCUGGACUGGGACCAGGAGGUCUAGCAGAACCUGGACUGGGACCAGGAGGUCUAGCAGAACCUGGACCGGGACCAGGAGGUCUAGCAGAACCUGGACUGGGACCAGGAGGUCUAGCAGAACCUGGACCGGGACCAGGAGGUCUAGCAGAACCUGGACCCGGAUUCGGGUCCAGAACUAUCAGAACUGUGACACGAAGUGUUGGAGCCACUGAGAACUGAACGGGUUCUGGCCCGGUUGGACUUGGUCGGGUCGGUUCCUGAAACUGAUGUUUCUACAGAAACUGAAACUUAGAUCAAUGAUUUAAUAAUCAAUGAUUUAAUAAUCAAUGAUCUAAUAAACUAAACCUGUUAAAAUGUCAUGUUUGCAUCAUUAAAUCAGCAUAAAUCAUUACCUGUUUAAGAUUAAACAGUU